CCCAUGAUUUAUAUCCUCUUUGAAGCUCACAAACUGAACUUAACAUUACUUUCUUCCAUACACAUAGAUAUGGCAACAAUUUAUGGUGUAAACCUCUCAAGUCCAAGGAUCUUGCCCAAGGCAGCUAAGACACCUAAAGUACAGGCUCUCAAUGUCGGGUCGCUCCGCUGCUCGUGGAAGCAAUCGACCCGGUUCGGAGCCGUACGAUUGAGAGUUCCACCGGUUCACGCUGCUCCGGAUAAGAUAUCAGAUAAGGUAGAAGAGAGUAUAAAAAAUGCAGAGGAGGCUUGUGCAGGCGACCCUGUGAGUGGCGAGUGCGCUGCAGCAUGGGACGAAGUUGAGGAAUUGAGCGCAGCGGCGAGCCAUGCUCGUGACAGGAAGAAGGAGUCGGAUCCAUUGGAGAACUAUUGCAAAGACAAUCCAGAGACCGAGGAAUGUCGCACCUAUGACAAUUGAGUAAUGAAAUGAUAUCAAAUUUUAGGCAUUUUAUUUCAUCUAUAUAUUGAUUUGGGUUAAAGUUAUUGGACGACAUGUUGUUGUAUAACUUUUUAAAGUUGUUAAUUUUACAAAGUUGCAUGAAUAUGGCCAUAAACUCGUCUUAGAUAAGAGCUUUAGAUAUUAUCCACACGUUAUGAUUAAGCUUUGAGAAAAGGUUUUUCUCGUCUACCUUAUUUUGGCCAUUUCUUGCUUGUAAAUUGCCUUUCAAAGUGGGAACCUAGGGAAUUAUAAAGAUAAAUUAUUUGUUUAUC